GAACACUUCCACGAAUGCCACUGAGCCACUCGAGACUGCCGUGGACUACCGGCCCGUUUGCGUUGAGAUGAGCGUCAUCGUGGCUGUUGAGAUGUCUACGCAGCCCUUCAAGACCUUCCAAUUCGACGGAAUUCUGGGCCUUGGUCUCUCUGGCCUUACGAUGAACAGAAACUUCAGCGCCUUCGACAUGAUCGUGAAAUCGGGCAUGGCGGCGCAGCCCAUCUUCAGUGUAUUCCUCUCCGACGGCGAGUUUGGUGAGCAAAGCGAGGUGGCAAUGGGUGGCGUGGAUCCACGGC